AUGAACUGGGUCGGGGGAUCCCGUACCAGGGUUCUGAUAAAGCAAGAAAAGAGAAAGCAAAAGGAAUAUUUUGAAAAGAAAAGGCUAAAAUCAAAAAUGAAGUUAUUAGGGGUUUUAUCCCCUGUCAAAAAUUCCACUGUCAGUUUAGACCUCCUUAACUUAUAUAUGGUAAAUCACAUAUCUUGCCAGAAGAAAACACCUGAAACUGUGAGAAAACCAAUCCAUGUGAAUAUGCAUAGAGAUAUAAAAAUGCCCUUAAGAAAGCAUGAUUUAGAACUUCCAGUGUCACCUCACAGUGUACCAUCUAAACUCUGCAUUGAUGAUCUAGAAAACAAGUAGGUUUUAUCUAGACUAGACAACAAGACAGAACUUGCCCCAAUUCAGUUGUCACAAGUCAUGGACUCACAAAGAAUGUUCGAACCUCAGUUCAACAGAACAGAAAAUUGCAGUUUCACUCUAUCAUCCUUUGCAGCAGAAUUAUCUUCAAACAGAAAUAUUACAAAACAAAAUUUCAUUCCCAGAACAGCACCUAGUCCUCAGAAAGUUGCAUGUGAAAAAAAGCAGAAUGAGCAGCUCAGUAAAGUUAAUUAUUCUAAUACUUUGGUUUCCAAAUUAAAUGAAAGUCAAGAUGCUCUCAGUCCAUCAUAUAAAACAGCACAAUUUGGGUCAUUAUUCAAUAGAUUAAACAGUUCAAGAAAUAGGAAUUUCCCUACUAGAAGGCCUGUUAGAGUUAUGGAUGAAGAUUGUAGAAGAAUGGAUGAGCAGAGACAGUCAGACUUUAUUACUGAAAAACAAUCAGCACAACAUAUUUGGAGAGAAAAAAGAAGAGAAGUUUCAAAUUUUUUUGAAGAUGUGAACCAGCCAACAACCAGCUGUAUAUCAGAGAAUUGUAACUCUUUUAUUAAUGAAAAUGUGAUCAGUUUAUUAAACAUAAAUCAACAAAGAAUAAAGAAAACCAUUGACAAGUGUGGUUAUGUCAGUAUUGGGGAUGAUUAUGCAAACACAAGUUCUGAUAAAAAUUAUUCAACUGAUAGAUGCAUUAGAAGUAUUUUUACAGAUCCAGAGUUAACUUUUAGUAAUUCUUUUAAUGAAACAAAUUAUCCAGAAAGGUGUCAGCCAAAUGAGAAGUAUCAGAAAGAGUACAACAAUAAUGAGAGAAAUACUUUUACUACAUCUUUUGAGAAGGAUUGUUACAUAGCCAGCUCUGAAAACAAAGGAAAAUUUGAAAGUGACUAUCAAGAGAAAUCACCACAGAAUGAAAUCCAGAAACAUCCAGUGAAUCAUACGAGUAAUAUCUCUUCGGAAGAAUUGCAUUCUAAGACAUCAUGGGACUUGAAAUUUGAUAAGAUUCUGGUGGAAGAAGGAGGAACCUGUUCUAUAAAAGACAGACCAACAUCUACUAAGAAAAUCUAUCUUGAUUCUUCACAGAGUAGUCAUUCUACCAGUUAUUAUUCUCCAAGGCCAACAGAUAGUUGCUUCAGUUCUAGUUCAGAGGUGCCAUCUGAAGAUGAAGAUCAAAUAUUGCAGCAUGUUGAAGAAUCAAGUAGAUCCAUCAGAAUCAAAGAAACAACUAGUAAUGUUUAUCUAGAAAGGAUGCCAAAAUUGCCAUGUGAUAGGAUUAUUAAAAACAAUGCCAAAACUCAUGAACAAAAUGAGAAUCUUCACCACCUCUCAAUGAAAAAUAAUACAGAUCAAUUUCCACAGUCUCAGUGUAAUUCAGCACACAAUUCACAGACUAAAACCAGUAAUAACUGCAUUCCACAGAUUUCAAAAUGUGAUGCAUGGGUACAAACAGACAGUGAUCCUGUAAUAGAAGACAAAUUAGAUGCUGCCAUACAAUGUGAUAUAAUUUCAGAAUGUAAAUGUAAAAACAAUGUGUCUUCUCUUUGUAAUGUUGAAAAGUGCAGUGAAAAUAUUAAGGAAGAUACCACUGGAGGGCAGGAAAUCCUUAAGAACAACUAAUAUUCUAAAAUCUCAGCCUAAGACUUAGCAUUUUACUUAAUGUUCAGAAUUUAAUUAAUGUAAUAGGGAAUGAGAAUAUGUAGCUAAGCACAAGGUAAAAGUAUUUAUAGGAUGUAUUAAUGGCUUGUUUUAAUACAGUUUAACACUAAUGUGUACAUUAAUUUAAAAUAGAUAUUUCUUUAAACAUAUAUGUAGCU